AUGAACACUGAGUGUCAUUUGUAUACAUUACCACAAACUGAAUCGGAUGAUAAUAAUGACACAAGUUCGGAUGAAUCUGAUCUCGAAGUGAUAUCGAUCGUUGAUGAAACAGACAAUAUUGCCAUUUCGAUCAAGAAUCAUUUUAAUCUCGAUGAUGAUGAGGAAGAUAACAACAACGAAGGGGCAACUGAUAUUCCACAGUCGAAUUCAGUCUUGAACUCAAAUGAUACUGAACUCGAUGAAGAUCUAAAUGAUCUGAAUGCAGAUAUUGUAUCAACUGAUCAAUCGUCCUUGCUUGCUUCGUUAUCAGCUGUAUCUAACUCGGUGGAAGAGCAUCCAUCAUGCAAGCGUAAACGUCGACAAUGGUCAACUGCAGAGAAGCUACAUGCCGUUGAUAUGCUGGAAAAAGCUGGUGGUAAUAAGUUGCUCACGUCAAAAAAGGAAGGUUGCUCCAGAUAUCAAUUAUCUCAAUGGAUGAAACAAAAAGAAGAUCUUAUUCAACUAUCAAAGCAAAAUCAUGGACGCAAACGAAAACGUCUUCCUGGUGCUGGACACAAGCUACAGUAUCCUGAACUCGACAAAUUGCUUCUUGAGUGGUUCCGGGAACGUCGUACUGCUCCUGCCAUUCAGUCAAAUGUAUCUACCAUGACAACAUCGAUCGUCGUUAAACGAGAAAAAGUAACAUUCAAACAGUUACAACGACGUGGCAAACAACUUUGUAUCGAACUCAAGCAUGAGCAUCCACCAUCGACUAAGUGGCGUGCUAAUACAUGGGGUCCAAAACGUGGUGUUAUGGGCGCCUUCUUACCUCGUGACGUGGUAAACAUGGACGAAAGUCCUCUUAGUUUAUUCGGUGACCAAACAAAAUUAUCAAUCAAUGAUGUGAAUACAGUAAAUGAAAUUGAAGGUCACAUAUCAGACAAACGAUUUUGUACUGUCAUACUAACAGUAUUUGCUGAAGAUAACUCUCGUGUGGGCCCAGUGGUCUUGUUCAAAGGAAAAGGUCAAGUGAGUGACAACGAGAAGAUGCAAUAUGCAUCUAAAGUCAAAGUAUUCUUCACACCAAAAGCAUUCAAUAACCGAUCGUAAGUUAUUCACACAAGACACUUCUCUUCCUUAUCAAAAAUAUGCUGUCCUCUUUUAUACUUUCAGAACAAUGGACAAGUAUAUUAGCUGGUGGUACUCAAAAGUGAACGAUGGACAACCAAAGUUAUUUAUUACGGAUUCAUCGUCUACUCAUUUAAAUGAAGAAACAAUUCGUCUCAUGCGCAAACAACGAGUCGUUAUUGCUGUAAUUCCGAAAGGUUGUACUAUGUACAUCCAAUCAUUAGAUGUUCAUGUUUUUUCUACAUUCAAACACCAUCACUACGAAUGUGCCGAAGAAUGGAUUGAAAAAAAUGGUGGUCGAUCGAAAAUCAAACUAACUGCAGCACAAUCGCGAAUAUUGUGCACUAGACUCGUUUCAUCAGCCUGGUCUCGUACACUGAACAGUAUUGAUCCAAUGGCAUCAUUUCUUGAACUAGGAUACGUGUGGAAUGAUAACAGUUUGGUACGACCUCCAAGCAUACCAGGCUAUUGUUUUGACCCGACCAAUGUCGACUAUUCGACCAACAAAGAUCGAAAUAUAGCUGAUGAUCAACGUAUUGAAGAAGAAGCUUGUAAAGCCACAGAACAGCACAAUCGAAAUCUUGACAAGAAUACAAAGCAAAAGACUCUACUCGAUAUGUGGAAAAAAAAUUAGUCUCUAAUAUGAAAAGAAAAGAAAUUGUCUUUAGUAUGAAAAAAAAAAUUGUAUCUAGUAUGAAAAAAAUAAAUAAAAAUGAAACUUAUUGAAACAUAGGACAUUCUAAAUUUCAGACGUAUUAGA